GUGUGUGCCUGAGUGAGUGCUUGCUCUGACUAAAAUGGAUAUUGCCCUAAGAGGCAGUGGCGCUACUACCACGACGACUGGCAUCGCCACUGGCACCACCACUGGUUUACAUCAUGCCGUCUCACUGGGCAAUAUUGAGGUCUCCUCCAAGCCCACCUAUUCAAGCCACAUGGAUCGCAGCUAUGACUCUGAGGAUGAGCAUACGAGUCGUCGACGUCUGCGUCACACGCUUUCCACAGAGCUAUAUCCACGAACUUCCGUCUACUCGCGUGGCGAUAUAAGGGAACAGUACUGCCUAACGGAUCGUCAGUUGCAUAGCAUAGAGCAGCGGCCACGACGUGAACGCUUCUUUGGUUGCCUUUCGCGACGCGGUGGAGCCCAGCAAAGUUUUCUGGGCGGCUGUGUGGGCCGACGUGUGCCCUCAGAUGAAAAUUUGGCCACCUAUGCGCCAUUCGAAAAGUAUCCACGCUAUCAAAACAACUACACUGACACAAACGAAUUGGAUAGUUCCUAUUUUCGCCGUCAACCGGCUUCGAUCUUAAGCACCGGCAAGGCUAGCGAACCUGAUUUGGGUGGACGCUACACCUGGAUAGGACAGCAGGCGCAGGUGAACAACAAUCCUACUCCAGUGCCUGCUUCAAGCCAAUUGGAUAACACAAUGCUAAGCAAUGCGGAACAGAGCUCGUAUCACUGCCCCACUUAUGCAGCAAUACCACCGCAACAGCAACACCACCACCACCAACAACAACUUCAGCAACAGCAACAGCAACAACAACAACAGCAGCAGGGCACACAUCCCAGAACCAAACACGUGAGCUUUGCACGCUCCCACACACUCACCAGCUUCGACAAUGUUAAUGCCGGAUUCCGUUCUUCGGGUCGCUUGAAAACGGCAAGCAGUCAGGAGCGUUUGAUUGGCGGAAAGAAGCCAAUUAUAGCCACCGGCUCCAUGUACGAGACACUGCCCCCAUUGACGCAGCAAAGCGCCACCCUGCCCAAGACUUGGUUGCAUGUCCAGCACCAACCGCAGCCAACGCCGGUCCAAGCCUGUCUAACCCACACGCAUCAGCACCACCACGCGCCCAUACAUCUGCAUCAGCAACUGCCAGACAACAUGCUGAGCUUGGGUUUGCCCACGCUGGCAGUUAUACCGCAACCUUUACCCCAACCCCUAAGCCCUGAAGUGUUGAUUGUGGAGAAAAAGUUUCGCAAUGCUAUGAAAACCCAGGCCACCCAAACGGAGGUAGCCCGUCGUGAGGGUUACAAUACACAGGUUCUAGCCCUCAGUCCACGUCCGCCACAUCGCAUUAAGGUCGUCUCGCAGGGCGCUCAGACAAAUGGCCUGCAAAAUGGCAAAAAGCUAACCAAGAGUCUUUCGGAAAUACCCAAUGGCAAGGAUAUGCAUCUUAUGGGCGCCUAUCAGCAAGGUGCGCCAUACGUCCACGAGAUCAUCUAUCGCACCCAGUCGCAGGAUGUGACGCCCCUGCAAACUAUAUCGGAUGCACAGAAUAAUAUCAUGUACUACAAGCCACCACCUCCUUUGCUGGAUGCUGACAGCUACGGCCUUGGCAUGGAACACUUAAGUCGUGGCAGGAAUAUGCAAACGCGUGCUGAUCAGAGUGCGGAAUAUGUGAAUGCAGCGGCCAUAGCUUUGAAUGAAUCCUUCGACUAUGAGAGCAAUAGCUUGCCACGUCGUUCGUGCACCUCCCAUGCGCGAACCGAGACAGAUUACUAUUCCAAUAGCUUGCCACGACACUCGGACGCCCUGCACACUCACGAUGUCUGUAAGCACAUCACGGAGUGCGCUGAACUUAUGACGGACAGUGUGCCACUGGACUUUACACGUCCACAUUUGUUGCCACCGCCGAGCGAAUAUUGCAAGAACGAUGACGAUGAGGAGGAAUACUACGACGAUGAGGAGGAGGAGGAUGUGCGUGCACACGAAACGGAAAGCUAUAGCUCAGAGGUUUGUGUGGCAGAGCAGCUGCAGCAGCAGGUGCCAACGCAGAAUCGACGCAUGUCCAUGCUGCCGAUGGAGGAAACACCUUUUAGACGUGACGACAUACGAAGACAGUCAAUGCCUGUCUAUGGACAGACCGAGAAACUCAUCGAUGGCUUCGGACCACGCAGCUCAUUCCGACGUCGCGACAAGGUCAGCUCAUUUGCGGAUGAUACGCGUGAUGAUGAGCACGAAAUCUUUAUAGAUUUCAAGCCGCACGUAUCGCCCAAGCCCAGUCCAAAGAUGCAAUUGAAGCACCGCAAGCAGCAUAAGGCAGAGAUUGCCAUGCGUAAGAUGCAGCAACAGCGUCAGGCACAGGCAGCAGCUCUAACGCUACCCAAACCGAUGCCACUGCCAGUCGAUGUUGAGGUUAGAAAAGUUGAGCAUGCGCCAGUCAUGUUGAGCGAUGAUGACGACGAAGACGAAGAUGAUUUAGAGCAGGAGCAAUCAAAUGAGCCAAUUGUGGGUGACAUGGAAGCCCAGCCCGAUGAAGAUGAUGAUGCCGGCUUAGACGAAGAGCCUCUGUAUGAGAACAUAACGCCCUGCAGCUGUAAGUUAGAGCCCCAGCCGCCACAGCUCCCAUCUCCACCGGAGCCUACAGUUGACAAGCGAACCCAAUUCCGCAAGCGCUCAGUCAGCCUGGAUGAUGAUUAUGUGGCAACAGCGGCGGUUUCCACGCAUGAGCGGCAACCGGCAGUCCGGCUUCCUUCUACGCCAGCUAGUCCCUGCCGCGAUGAGCUCUUGCUAGCCAAUGCUUCAACUUAUCCAUCCUCAGACUCGCUGGCCAAUGACACCACACGCGAUCAUUCCGAUGGCAUUUGGAAUGAGUCCCAAGUAACGGUGCUAACAGCCGAGCAGCGUGACAUAUCCGACGGCUCCUACAGCUCCAACUUACUGCUGACACCAUCGUCGAAACGCAAAAAUUUGCUUUUGCAACAUCAACAGCGAAGUUCCGUUGACACAGAUGCUUUAGACUUUGAGGAGCAGAGCCCUACCUAUGCCAUGCAAACGCUGCCUAAGAUCACGAAGACACCCACGACACCUUUGGAACGAAUGUCUAAGCCCAUGCAGCCCGUUCUACCAGUUAUUACACCAGCUAUAGCUGUAACGCCUUCCAGUAGCAAUACACAGGAUUUGAUUUGCUCGCCACUGCCCAAACGAACCAUGGUUGCCAGGAGUUCUGUGCCAGAUGCGCGGCAAUUAAUGUAUGUGGCAGGGGCACAGAAACAGCGGCACUCUGACGCAGGUGCCUCGUUCUUUCCGCCAGUCACAGACUAUGCUCGUAGCGCCGAUAUAUCCGAAUGUAGCACAAAUACAGAUGAGUAUGCCACCUGCACGGACACCUCGAAACGUACACCAGGUAUUAAGACUCCGCCGACCACGACAAGUUCAUCGUCAACGACACAAGUACCAGUGUCCACACAAAGCUCACAGCUGGAGAAAACACACGCGGGCUCUUCGUUCGAAAGCGCUAGUUCGUUGUAUUCCAUGCGCGGUGAUCUCCUUAAUGAGGACACCUUGCAACCUGACGAUAAGCAACAACAACCAUCAAUGCAGGCAGCGAAAAAUAGUCAAUUGAAAUCUCCAAUGGGAUCUGUGGCCGAACUGCAAAAGAAAUCGCCCUCGCACUCUAUCAGCAGCACCUCUUCGGGUAGCUGUCAUGUCUCUGGCCAAGCAAUUAAGUCUCCACCCAAGGAAGUCGAAUCACAAACUGUUCCAAGCACUGCGGCAGCGGUUCCGUUAAAAGUUACGACACAAGAGGCAAUACCAGCACAACAAUUAAUGCAGAAAAUCAAACCCGAGUCAAUAUCGGAGGAUGAGCGCAGUGAGGUGCGUUACUCAUCCUCCGGCUACUAUGAGAGUCCACAUGAUGACGAUGAUGAGGAGCACGUGACGCCCACUUGUAAGGCAAGAAGAUUGCGGCAAGAGGACGAACGUAAGCGUCGCAAGACCAGCAUGAAACUGGACAUAGAGAAGGAAAACAUGCGCGCACUGACUAGUCCAAUUAAGAAAUCCACUGCAGCCAAAGCUCUCUCGCCCGAACAACUGGCCGUUAGUGCUCAGGAUGGCAGCACUGGAAGUCCCAGCAAAAUUAAACGUUUCCGUCCAAAAAUACGACGACAAUUUCGCAAAAGUUCACGCGAGGAUGUGUUGGCAGCAGCCUCGGCUAGACGGGCACGUGCCACUCCUAUUAUCUACGGUCUGAGCAGUGGAAGUGGCGAUACUGAACUCUUGCUGGAUGCAAGCAUGAUCUCAACACCAGCCCCAGCAGUAAGCUCAGUGGCGGCUGGACCGGUUACAACAACAACUACCAGCGCUUCAGCCUCAUCUGCGGGCACACAACCAGAGCCCCCCUUGCCAGCUGUCCCAAUUAAAAAGCCACAAAGCUUGCCCACACCCACUGCUUUGUUAUCGCCCAAGCUACCGGCAACGAGCGUAUCUCCAGUUACGACCACAAUUCACGCCAAGUCCGCCUCGGAGGUGUGUCAGCUAAAAACAAAAUCCGUUGAGUCAUUACGCUCGGUCUCUCCGGGCUCAGAUUCCGUUUUCUACAGCGAGGCCGAUGGCAACGCAGCCAGCACCGAGCUCGGACAUUGCUUGCACUGCGGCAAGGAAAUGGAGGGAAAGCAACACAAUACUGUGAGCGAGCUAGCCGGUGAUUCGGUCGAGUCUAUACCCUAUAUAGAACAAGAAGCGGACAUUGUAAAGCCACCCUCUGAUUUCGCUGACUCGCCAGUCACCACAAAGACCACGCAGAGAUUGUAUAAGAAAAUGGACAAACGUUUUCGUUCUGAGGAGCGUUAUCAUGGAGAGCGUGGACGGCAUUACAAGACGCGACAGGAGAACAUUCGCGCCAAAAGCGAGGAACGUGGACGUGCACCUAGUCUUCCAAAUACACAAAUUUUACGCCCUGCUGGUUCCAGUCCCUGUGUCCUGCCUGAUAUUAAUACGGAACAGAGCCAACAUAUAAUCUAUAAGGGCCACUACGAUGCUGGUCGGUAUACACGUUUGACGGAUGAUGAUCUUUGGACCCAAUUGGAUCAUCAGUGCUUUGAUCGGUCUCGUGAGCGUCGUGCUUCCACAGAAUCGGAAAAGGGCUUCCAUGCCAAGUAUCAAGUGAUUUUGCAUCGCUUGGUGCAGCGUCGUUGCACUUUGGAAAUGUAUCAUCGCCAGAAGCACAACAGUUUCCGCGUGGACAAAACUGUUGUGGUUAAGAGUGAUUCGGGGGAGUUCGGUUUUCGCAUACACGGCUCCAAGCCGGUGGUUGUGGCCGCCAUUGAGCCCGAAACUCCUGCUGAGAGUUCGGGUCUAGAGGUGGGGGACAUUAUUAUAUCGGUAAAUGGCGUACAGGUGCUGGACAAACAUCACACAGAGGUGGUCAAAAUAGCGCACGAUGGCUGUGAAACUUUGGAGCUGCAAGUGGCGCGCACCAUAGGCGUAUUGAUGCACGAACAAUUGGAUCCGCCCAGUCAGCCCAUUUAUAGUGGCUAUCUAUGGCGACAGAGCGGUCAAGCGAAGGGCGCACCAAAUGCUAAGAAAUGGGUGCGACGUUGGUUCUCGCUACGACCGGAUAAUUGUCUCUACUACUAUAAGACGGAAAGUGACACACAGCCCGUGGGCGCCAUGAUUAUGGCCAAACAUACGGUCGAAACGUGUCCUUUGGACAUAGGCAAGCCAUUUGCAUUCAAGGUGGACUCUGGAGAGGGCAUACCAAUGUAUGUGGCGGCAGAUUCUGAUGAGCUACUGAAUAGAUGGCUGCAGCUAUUACGACAGGCGGCCACACAGGACAAUCAGUGGUUGGACAAGAGCGCCCGUUGCCUCUAUCAGAGCCCAGCAAGCAUUGUGCGACCCGAUUGCUUUGGCUAUUUGCUGAAAUUGGGCUCAAGGUGGUGCGGUUGGUCGAAACGCUAUUGUGUACUUAAGGAUGCCUGCCUCUAUUUUUAUCAAGAUGCGAAUAGCAAGAGUGCAUUCGGCAUGGCCUGUUUACAUGGCUAUAAAGUGGCCUCGAUGUCCACAAAUGCGUCGGGCAAGAAGAACUCUUUUGAGAUAAUACCACCAGAAUCGAAAUUACGUCAUUAUUAUUUUUGCACCGAAAAUGAAAUGGAUAAGAAGCGUUGGAUUUCCGCAUUGGAAUAUUCGAUUGAUCGCUGGAUCAAAUCUGGGUAACUAAGGUUAAAAACACGCUCGACAUCGGCACUGACCAGCCGACGCAAGCGGCGAAGUUUUAGCUAUUUCAUGGAUUAGUUGUGGCUGGGAUAUGGCACUAGUACGGGUACUACCAAAUAGUAUAAAACAAAACCAAAAACAACCAACUAGUCUAUAUAGUGUUUAGAUACUAAGCUAACUACAUACGAGUAUAUAUAUACAUAACGUACACACAUACAAAGGCAAGGAAUUUAGGCAGUCAGUCAAAGUCAAGGUCAAAUCGGGUUUAACUAUUUUGAAAAUGAAUUACAAAAAUAUGAACCUAAGAGGUGCACGCACAAUUAGAAUUGCUGUGUAUUCUUGUUACAUUAUAUUGUAGCCUAUACAUACAUAUAGUAUAUAUAUAUAAACUUUAGUGAGGUUGUCAUAUUAUAUAUAUAUAUACACAUACAAGUAUAUAGAUAUAUAUAUAUAGGAGAAGACAGAAUAUAUAUCACAUGCGGCGUAAAAAGGAAAUUGUGCAACAGACUAAAGUUGUGGUGUGUGUGUAUAUAGGGAGGACCUUUGGUAGACUAAAUUCGACUUAAUGGGUAUUCAAUGGCUCUAAGGCACUGCAAAUUUUUAGAUAAUUGUCUAGGAUGUGUGGAAUGAGAUAUUUACAAUGCAGUUGAAUCUAAACUAAUUAGCAGCAAACAAACAACAUUGAAGAAUCAACUUAUUUUUUGGCAUACAUACAAUAAGCAGCAUGCUGGAUUGUUUUAGUCUAGAGCGAGUUUAGGGAGAAAUUUAGAAUAUGAAUGCAUUAUCUGACCAACCAACACAGCGAUAUUGAAAUAAUGAAAAUAUGUUUAGAAAUUCUAGAAAUUAUAUCAGAUUAAAAUUACUGUUUACGGAUAAUAACAAAAUUCAAACUUAUCAGCAUUAAAUUCCCCCCAAAGAACAAUUUAACAAAAUGUAUAAAAGGAAAACUCUAACUACACACAACACAGCAUGAAGUUUCGCAAAUGGCUAAAAGAAUUUAAAUUAUUUUAUAUUUAACUUAAGUUAGAAUUGCUGAUCAAUCAGUUAAUACACUGUUAGGCAAAAGCUGCCACAGGCAUAACCUCUGGCUGCUUUAUUAGUUACGCAAUAAUAAUUUUGUAAUCAAAAUACAAACAAGCUAACAAAAUUAAUGUGCAUAAUUUGUACAUGAGUGACAACGGUUUUCGUCCUUAUUGGAAAAUAUUAAAUACAAAUAAAACAAGGUUUAUUAGUUAGACACAAUUAUUAUACAUAUUAUACAUACGAGUACAUGCAUAUAGCUUUUUAUAGAACAUGCCACUACUUCAUUGAAUGCAAAUGAUAUUAAUUGAAAGUCAAACAUAUUUUUGUCAUGAUCAAGCUUUGCUAGCUAGUUAGUUUUUUUGAUAGGUUGAAUUUUUGCGAUUCAUUUUUAAGUAUGUACGAGAGUAGAUCGAUUGUCGAUUGCCAACAACUUAUAUGUACAUAUAUUUACAAUAAUAAGCAUAAUGCAUUACUUCAGAAUC